AUGGAGCUGAAGGACCCCAAUACCAAGAUGACAUUGGUCAAGGGUACUGAGCCACUGAGGAUCCAGUACUCCCUGGGCAAGUAUGUUGUGAAGCAGGUGGGCACCAAGUACAUGCUGGUCAUUACCAACGUGAAUAUGAACGACACAGGCAUCUACAGCCUGACUGUGGGUGACAAGUGGAUGACUGCAGAGCUCAGAGUGCUGGAUGAACCGCUGAAGUUCUUGGGAGAGAUGCAGCCAGUGAAGGUGACAGAGCGCCAGACUGCUGUAUUUGAGAUCCGCCUCUCCAAGAAAGUGCCCAACUUUGUGUGGAAGUUCAAUGGGAAGGAGCUGAAGAGGGAUGAAAAGUAUGAAAUCUCAGUGUCUGAGGAUGGUCUGACCCACACGCUUAAGAUUAAGGAUGACCGACUCAGUGACAGUGGCGAGUUCUCUGCCCAGGUGGGGGACCUGGUACAGAAGGCCCAGCUCACUAUUGACCAUGAGUGA